AUGCUUUUAUAUCGCCCAGGGCUAACAAACUCUCUGCCGUCUGGUCACUCUACCCCAGCUACUGCCGCUACCGCUACCGCUGCCGCUGCCCUGCCGCGGCUGCCCAUAUCCGGCCGUUAUUUCCAGCGCCGCCCACUGCCAUCAGCCGAGUUCCGGCGACAUAAAAUCAUUCCCGCUCCCGGUCCCGUUGCCUCACAUCCGACUCUCCCUCUUCCCGGAACUCACCCACCAUCCUCGGCUUUGACACCAGGGUCGGCCUCAACAUCCCCUGCAUCCAUCUCCCACCGUUUACCUUCAGCAUCAGCUUCAACGACAUCAAGGCAUCCUCAUGGCGAUUAUCUCCCUGACGCGGAUGACCAAGACGCGUCGACACCCGUGGAUGGAGAAGAACCUCCAAAGAAGAAGCAAAAGCGCAACAAACCAACUCUUUCAUGCCAUGAAUGUGUAGAGCGCAAGACCAAGUGUGACAGAGGUCGACCUCAUUGUCUUGCCUGUAUAAAACGACAGACUGAAUGCCGAUAUGCCCAUGUCGCAAACCUUCUCGAGGAGACCACCAGGUCAGCCGCCAAUGGUCGCCGUAUGACAAAACCCCCAAAGAAGAAGUCUGGUUCCAGUGGGAAGUCACCCAUUCCAAAUAUCGCAGAUAGGGGUAUGUCGAAUGAUCCCAGGGCAACCUCGCGUGGCGCUGUUGCUCUCUCCAUCGGCCUUCUGUCGAACGUCCCUUAUUCCUUGCCUUCUGCAAGUAAUGUUUUUGGUAUCGGGUCUGAGCACCCGUUUGCCAACUACUGGACCUGUGAAGGGGGCUUGCCCGAGGUUAUCUCGGUGCUUCCAGACAAGAUUCAAGCCGAUAUACUGCUUAGCCGAUACUUCGAAUGCGUUGACCCCGUGUAUCCCAUGAUACAUCGCCAGACAUUCUAUGCAGACUACGAACACUUCUGGCAAAUGAAUCAGCAAGAAAAGACCGAUACAGAUCCAUCCUUCAUUGCAUUAAUCUUUGUCAUGCUGGCCCUGGGAACUCAGUUUGUAACAUCGACUACAUCCCCGCAGGAGCGCAGGCAGACAGCAGAGUUCUAUGCUUCGGCUAGCAACCAAUCUCUCCGUAUCGCAUCAUAUCUUAGCAGUGCAUCGUUAAGGUCAAUUCAGGCUAUGGUAUUGCUAGUUUACUUCCUUAUAAACGACAACCAUGCUUCGGAUGGAUGGGCAUUUGCAGGUAUUCUAAUUCGGCAAGCUUAUGCUAUGGGUCUUCAUAGAGAUCCAAAUAUUGUGACUCCAAAUGCCACCCUGUUCGAGAAGCAGCAGCGUCGUAAGGUCUGGCAAGCGGUACUUCUGCAAGAUACUUUCUUGACCGUCUUACUCUCGCUGCCACCGUCUGCGACACAUACAGAUGUUUCCGUGGAAGACCUACUUGACGAUGGCUCCUCGAUUGCAAAUAGCGACCCAACAGAUACGGCAUAUAUUCGGGGCUCUUGGACUUUGGCCAACUUGGUUCAGGAGACGAUCUGCUCGCCAAGAUCAUUAGACCUACCAAUCUGCACUACGGCGAGGCAUAAGUCUAAGCUAAUUGCUGACUUCCGAGCUGUUUACCGCUCGUUCCCUGAUGUCUUCCGGUCUUGGGAUCCUGAUAGUAUCACGGCGCUUGCAAAAACCAAUAAGAGGGUAGUUCGUCAGACCCUGUUCUUGACGAGCAACUACUUCCAUAACUUGAUGCUUGUUCAUGCUUCCGAGAGCCCCGAUGUUCCUGUCAAUGUUCGUGGUACAUUGGAGGCAGCGCACGACGCCAUUACAGCUUUCUUCCUUCUUUUCGCCCUUCUUGAGAUAGAAGCACGUGUUUGGUGGGUGUUCAAUCACCGAGCUUUCUUGGAGGCGCUCUGUAUCGGGAAUGUCCUGAAGGAGGCUGCUCGAGAACCAGGUGGUGCAGAUAUGAUGGCAAGAGACCCUCUCCUUGUCAGGGCAAAAGCUGAUAUAACACGCAUGAUCCAGAUCAUGCAGGUUAUGGGCGAAGACUCUGAGGUAGCGAGGACCCGAGUGCAGGUUUUGAGUGACUUUCUGGUAUGA